AUGGCCACGGCCGCCGACCCAUUCUGCCCCGCGCCGAGCGGCGGGAGUCUGGCAACGACGUUUGGCGCCGGCGCGUCGAGGCUCAACGUCGUGCGCAAGCCCGCCGUGCGCGUGCGGCAGGCUGUGCGGGACAACAACGUCGCGCUCCUCUCGCGCCUGCAGCACAAGACCGACCUGCGUAACACGGACAAGAGCCGCCUCACCUCGCUGGCAUGGGCGGCGCUCGAGGUCAACCUCGAGGUGUUCGAGUGGCUGCUCAUCGACUACGGGCACGACGACCAGGAGCUGUCCCGCGACGCAGAGCACAACACCAUCUUCCACCUGCUGGCGAGCGUCGCUGCGCCGCCUGGUCUGUCGCCCAUGGCACACGUCCUCACGUCCGACCCCAACUUCCCGCCGCGCCCACAGACGCGCAGCAGUGACGAGCUGCGCGAUACCGCCCUCCGCAUGACGGAGAUCUACCACACACUCUUCCCCUUCCUCCUCGACUGGAGCAACACGGGCGGCAAGACGGCGCUGCACUUUGCCGCGCAGGCGGACAAUGCGGCGUUCAUCGCGCUUCUGUGUGACCUGGGCGCGGAUAUCGACCUGGCAGACUUACAGGGCAACACGCCGCUGCACUACGCGUCAGCAUGGGGCAACACGGCGAGCGUCCGCGCGCUGCUGGAGCGCGGGGCAAGCAUCACCGCACGCAACUUUGAAGGCUUCACAGCGAGCGACUUUGCAUACUCGCACGCAUCCCGCGCCGCGCUCGACAGCCUCGCGCGCGACGCGGCAGAGGAGCGCAAGGCGCGCCGGCGCGACCAGCGCGCGAAAGAACGCGAGGCGCGCGAACGCGAGGUGUACGAGCGCGAGCAGUGGGAGCGCGAGCAGGCCGAGCGCGACGCGUGGGAGCGCGAACAGCACGAGCGGGAACAGUGGGAGCGCGAGCGCGCGUACGAGGCCGCAUCCGAGAGCCACGCGAGCCACGGCGGCGAGAGCAGCGACGUGCACCACCACCUUACCGCCGCGGCCCGCCUCCGCUCCGCGUCGACGAGCACGAGCGUGACGCACGCCUCGGGCUCGUCGGGCGGGCGUAGCGGCUCGCGCUCCGGCUCCCAGUCGGGCGGCCACUCGGGCGCCUACCAGUCGGCAUACACGUCCCCGCCGGACGAGCCCCCCAUGCCCCCCAUCCCGCCUGACAUUGCUGCUGCCGCCGAGGCUGCAGCGGCCGCGCGCAACGCCGCGCUGCUUGGCUCCCGGCCUGCGACGCCGCUCGACCCCCGCCAGCCCCAGGCGAGCCGCGCAAGCGCCACCCUCGGCCCUCGCUCGCCCGCGCCCAACUCGCGCUCCAGCACCCCACUCAACCACGACCCCGCGCUCCUCCAGCAACACCUCCCACCCCGCAGCGACAGCCGCACCAACCGCAUUUAAGUAACUGUUGUACACACACACACACACCUACACUCACGCCGCUCGUCAUGAUGCACGAUCCAUU